GUUGAUUUUACAUACCUAUGCAUUCAAUUUCUAAAUAUAAUUAAAUUAAUUAUAUUGACCAACCAACAGCCCAUUGUGACGAAAUGUCAAAUUUCCUUUCGAAAACAAAACCACUACAAACACAAAUUGACCUUAUCUGCAGAACUGUCAACAAAACAAAAUCUAGCAAAAACUAGAGUGACCUGUUAAAGUCUCACGACUACGUAUGGCAUUGUGAAAUAUUAAGAUCUGUCUGCCAAACUUUGCAUAAUAUCGACAAGAUCCUCCAUGCUCCGUGCUACUUCGUGCUGAGAAGUUCUUCCUUCUAGAGAUAUAUCCGCAUGAAUCAUCGCGUUCCGUCGGAAUAGUAUCCACAUUGCCUGUAGCAACGUGCCAAAGCAAGAGGAAACAUUCAUAAUUCCCCGUCCGUUGUUUGUCAAUGUUUGCGUUCGUUUCGGUUUCGUUUUGUUGCCGCAUCUGCAGCCGUUUGCUGCCGUUUGAACGAAGAAAAAAUAGCGACGACUGCUGGUAACAGUGUUCCCAGCAUAGCGAACAUAUACCCAGGAUGCCCUGCGAAAAGUGUAAUGUGAAGUUCGGUAUUAUAACGCGUAAAAAAUCCUGCUAUGAAUGCCAUCGACUGUUCUGCCGGAACUGUCUCACGAAGCGACAGGAGCGGUUCUUAUGCCCGAACUGCACCAUCUUCACCAAAAGGCCACUAUCGCGCAUCGAUCUGGCCCAGCUAAAAGUGAAGGAUCUCAUCUUUUACUUGCAGUCGAAACACAUUUCCACAUCCGGUUGCGUUGAAAAAGACGAUCUAAUUAACUUGGUCAUUGCUCAUGUAAAUUCCGGUGGUAGCUCGCCGCGCACGCCGGGCAGUUUUAGUGGCACAUCUUCCAAUGCCGAAUCGGCUUCUGGCGGUUCAUCGCGGUAUGGAAGCUUCUAUCGGAACGGAACAAAAAAUUGUACAAACACCUUCGAUCAGAUCAAAAAUACCUGCCAGAAUUUAUUUUCCACUUUUUCAGACAAACUAAACGGAGAUCUUCCGGAGACUGGUCGAGCUAGUACCGGUUUCGCGACGCAAGAAGAACAGCCUCACAUAUUCACACAGCCUCGCUUUGGUAGCAACAAUGUUUACCAUUCUGUCGAUCCUAGCGUUCGUCCAAAUGCCGGUGCCAGUAACUUCCCUCUUCAUCCCGAGGGUGACAAUAACCAAAGAACGGAUGCACAAUACAAUGCAGAACAGGAAGAGCGACCAGUACAUUUCAGUAGCGGUAGCAGUGGAACGACCAGUGGAGCAGAUUCCAGUGCUGCAUCUUCUUCCUUUUCAUCGCCCAGCCGAGACGCUUGUUCGCCUCUAUUAGGUGAUCGGCAACAGUUGACAGCUAAUGGUCAAACGCAAGCCAUGCUAGACGAUCGUAUCGAAAGCAUACUGGCGCGAGAAACAGGCGGAACUGGCUGUGAGUGCUGUACGGAUGAUGAAGAUGAGGAAAGAACCGGGAUAGCAAUUCGUAUGGAAAACACUCUCGCUGCUAAAAGCGAGGAAGAUAUGCCGCCGCGGUCGAAGCAAUCCAGGCGUAGCCUUUCGCAAUCCAAUCUGUUAUCACCUCAGAUGGCUGGUCCGAGCGCAGACACAUCGGCCGCAACGACGAAGGUGGCAUCACGGAGUCAAACUCCUUCGUCGUCCUUCGACGAUCUGCUGGCGGAUGCGGAAGGAAGCAGUAGCAACGCGGAUCAUGCGAUCGCCCAGGACACGCUAGCUGUGACAACCGAUACUGAAGCGCUGGCUACGACUGUGGCUUCUAUCGACGACACAGAACAGUGGCAGAUCGUCAAUACUUCGGACACGAACGGUGGUGGUACGCUCGAAGCGGCCACAAACAGCGAGCUUCCGAUGACUGACGCAACGAAUGAAGCGUCCACGACCAACGAGGACGAAGCAAGUAGCGACAGCAUCAGCAAUUCUGUAGAACUUAAAUCAAAACCACCCUCAAUGGUGCCGGUGCUUGGGCACAGCCCUUCUGUAGGUUCGGCAACAACAAUUAUAACGCGCCGCAGGUCCGACAGUUACCUGCUGGCGGAAUGUUACGCCACAUUGCGUCAGUGUUCGGUUGGGACGGGACGAAUGGAUGUACCACAGUCACCUUUAAUACAUCGUGCCAGUACGACAAGGUUAUUGCAAACGGUGGACGCGCAAUCACCAGCAAUAGCGUCGGGUGGGAUACUUAGCAGCGAUGCAAUGCCAACCACUAGCCAUCCUAUUAAUCAUGGCACUGCUGCACACGGUAUGUGCUUCCGCUGUGGAAAACGGCGAAACGGCAUUCGUCGCCAGUUGAAAAAAUUCCGCAAACAACUUGAUGCGGCUACCGUCACGGAAGGGGAAAAACGGCGCCAGCUCGAAGCGUUCCUUAAUUAUCUCGAAAGACGAAGCAAAGGUUCGUUCGAACUGACCGAUUCCGAAUCGAUCACCGAAGAAGCGAGCAUUAGUAUGGGGGACGAAGCUUGUGGUGUAGCGGCAUCUGCUCUGGAUGGACGUGGUACGAUCACUGCUGGGGUUGAUGAACAACAUGCCCUUUCCUACCCGAACUCAUCGGAAGAGGCGCCCAUCUGUACCAAUCUUUACUCUUCCGGUAAUCAGGAUUUGGUCAAUAUGAAACAGAUCAAGCUAAGUGACAUUAAGGAAAGUGCGGAUCUGGAUGUGCUGUCGGUGAAGCAGUUGAAGGGCAUUCUAAUGGUGAACCGGGUCGAUUUCAAAGGAUGCUGUGAAAAGGCCGAACUACGCGAAAGGGUGCUACGGUUGUGGCGUGAUUACAAAUCUAUCCCCUCAAUCGAAAAACUUCCAUCGGACGAUUUGUGCAAGAUAUGCAUGGAUGCGCCCAUUGAGUGUGUGAUACUGGAGUGCGGCCACAUGACUACUUGUACCGCGUGCGGUAAGGUGCUAAGCGAAUGUCCGAUAUGCCGCCAAUAUAUAGUGCGGGUAGUGCGAUUCUUCCGAGCCUAAUAUCCCUUCGUCCUCGUUCCCCUUCCAAAUCGUCUCAGGGUAUUGGUUUAGCAAUGGCGAACAAAAAAAAAAGGGACGCAUACUUGAUUUAGGGGUGGUUCCGGGUUUUAUUUCUGCGCACCUUCCCUAGUCAAAAUCAAUUUAAUGGCAGAAUGUGAAGCGUUUUGAACGACCCAUGUACUGCCCGCAGCGUUGUUUUAAUUUAAACAUAUUUAUGCUCAUCUAUAAUAUAAGUUUCGGCGGUUUGGUAUAUCACGAAUGGAAUGUACCUGCCCGGUACUCUGUAUCCAUUUGGUGAUUGACCACCGUUGCGCCGGGUGAAGGUGUGUACACGCUAUCGACAAAUAAUAUGUAACACAAAGACACAAUUUAAAUAACGUCCCACAACAGCCUACAAACAAACACGCGUGCUCGAGACAAACGAUAAAAACGAAAAAACAAUGUGAUCUAGUUAAUCUAGGAUAAAAUGCGGAAGUUAUACGCCAGCUGAUGAAGCCCUUCCAUUAGGGUUUGCAUCAGUUUGCAUGGUAAAAAAAAUGGACACAACACAAUGAUGCACGAAUGGUUUAUUAAUCCGCGAUACCGAGAUGCUCGGUAGUAAGCAAAAUCGAAACGAACCUACAAUGCACACUGCUAGUCCGGUGUUUCGUUACUGGUGCAUUGCGAUCGAAGGAAGAACUCUAACAGUGGAGAUAGAGAUAAAAGAAAAAAGAAAGAAGUUAAACGCAUGUGCCGAGUACAGGAUGCAAUAACAUACAUAACAUGGAACUCGGUGUGCGUUUGUGUGUCAUCAAAGAUGUAUUAUGUUUCGUUUCGAUAAACGAUCUUUACUUCCCUAAACAUGCAGUGCAUAACAUAAGAUGUUCCAACACGCAACACUCUCUGUGCAGUUUCCACCGACUGCAUUGCGUCAACCAUUUGUUAAUACUGUUUCGAUAACCAUACCACGUACGCGUCGCUAACGCAAUCAACCUAUUUACCUACUCGUUCGAUCCAAUUCUUUCCAUUAGACUUUCAAUUGUUGACAAACGUAACAUGUGCAAGCAAAAGCAAAAACAAAAUAAAAAGGUUAAUGAAUUCCAAUUGCAUCUAGCGUAAAUACUGUAACAAUAAACAUAAAAUGGUAAAACUUAACUUCUUUUAAUGUCAUUGGUGGCCACUUAAUUGGUGGCAUUGUAAUUGUAUCGGUUGAAGUGUUUUUAUGACUUCAUCUAUCCAUAGCUCUUGUUCGUUCGGGGUCGGGGAAUGUUCCAUUAUAGCGAAAGAACUGUUUUGAUACCCUGUAAUCACUCCAGCGCCCGGGUUUGGCUCUAUAACACACAACUUCUUUAAACAUUAUUGUCGGUAGACGUAGUAGAUCUUCGAAAGAUCUUAACUCAAUAAUAAUUCGCAGCAGUUCCAUAGCGGGAGAUCCUUAAACUUGAUUUUAUUUCACUUGCCAUUCUGUGUGAGUAUUUCUAUUUCAUGCUAAUGCACAUGGGUUGGUUGAGCAAUAUUUCCAUGAUUAUGACCAGACAAACCAGACAAAAAUUGAAUCGAUAGUUGGAUUGGAUCCAAAACUAAGUUGACUUUCCUUCUGGCAAUAUAUCAAGUUUUUGCGUGAUUCGGAAAGCGGUGGAAAAAAAGAUUAAUUAUUUAAAAACUAAACAUAAAGCAAUACUUUUAUUGUUUAAUCAAAAUUUAAAUGGCAUGCUAUUGUGAAAUUUGGUUGAUUUUUCCAAUCAUUCAAUUUAAAUUUUCCAAAAAAAAAUAAGAGUCCGAUCACAUCCAAUCCUUUUUACUUUCGAAAGAGGGUCGGAGACCAGACCACCACGUUCAUAUGUAUGUCUUUCAUUAUUCUAUUUAAAAAAAAACAAUACUUCACGUAAUAGUAUUGGUGUACGCAACGUGUGCACCCGGGCUUCAUUCAUCGUUUCGCGCCAUCAUUCGCACCUGCGCUUAUUGUGCGUACGGACACAGCAAAAGAGACGCACAAAAAACAUCUGAUCGAACCGCAAUGAUUCUUUCACGGAAGUUGCUUGAUUUUGCAAGCAGAUAGUGUGUGUGUGUGUUUGCGCGUGCAAUUGAUGUAAUAGUGAAAAAUCCAGAAAAAAGCUUUUGUAAAAACAGUUAAAACCCUUUAAAUGACAUAGCCAUUUAUCUCGGAAGGUUCUUUUAUCGGAUCAAUAUUUGCGGUAUGUGAUAAGACCCUUCAUACUGAGGCUUUUAUCUGGUAGCGACAGAAACGGUGUAGUGUUGCGAUUGUUUACACACAGAUACAGCAAUGCACUUGGAACUUGGGCUGCUACCGCAAGCG